UUACCUACACUGCCGGCAGCAAUCGAUAUUGUUUGUGAUUCGACACCCAAUGUAUAUAAAUGUUUUUAAUUUGGCGGAAGACAUGACCCUGCCAAUGGAGCACUGGGGCGCGUUUCCGACAGGAGACGACGACGUUCAUCUGACGCCGGACAAAUAUGUGCCCACGGCGGCCAAGAAACCGAAACUAGAAGAGAUCCGCCUGUGUGGUGAAGGGGAACCGCGGCCGAUUGAAAAUAGCCAGACAGUGGAACUGCGGAGCGCCUUGGUCACCCAGACGAUUGAGGUGAUGAAACAAACUGAGGUUCUGCAGUCUCUCAUCGAAACGUACUCCAAUAAAAAUGGAAAUUCAAACUACCUACUCAAUCCCUGCCUUAUAAUACCUGAGGUGGACUUUCCACCAGAAAACGCCGCCGAGCUGGUCGGCAGCCAGAAAUUUCAGAAGCCCAUUUGGUUCACGCCCACCGUAGACACGGCAUAUUCCCGUGGGGACCCUCAGUCCUAUCCGGAAAUAACCAACACUGCCUGUUCCCAGGCGAUUCGCAAGGUGAUGUGCGGGAUGCUGCGCCUGGCGGGAUUUACCGACUGCUCCGAAUCGGCAGUACAGUUGCUGACCGAUGCCACCGAGGAGUUUCUGCGCAGCUUCAUCGGCGAGUAUCGGGGCUACUAUGACACACACCCGCGGCUGCAGAAGGCGUCUACGCUGCACCUGGUGCCUCUGGAACGAGCUCACGCCGCGCUUACGGGCACUUCUCUCACCCAGGUGCACAACUAUUACAAGCACAAGGUGCUGGCCAGAAAUCGCGUGGAGAUCGGGGAGUUUAACAGCGUGCUGCAGGAGUACGACAAGCUGAUGAAGGAGAGUCAGAGCAGCAUCCAGAAGCAGCAUAACGAGAUCAACGGCCAUGACUUCCUAAACAUCCUAGACAACAGCGCCACCGGUAGCAGCCAGAGCAUUGGUGGCAACAUGGCAAUGGGCGAAAUGCUGCAGGAUUUGGGUGGGAGCACGGGCUCCAGUGGCACCGUCAGCUCCCAGCAGAUGCUCUACAGUCUGCUGGAUGGCCAGAUAUCUUCCAACACCUCCAAUAUGACGGGAACAAGCGGCAAUGGCAGCACCAGUGGAAACGGUGUCACGCUCGCCAACUUUCACACUAGCUUUGAGUCGUAAAGAAACUUAAAAACCUAAACUUCAUUAUAAGAAGGAAGAGGAUGAAAAUUUUCCUAGAAUUGGUUUUAUGCCUUAAGGGGGGGGUAAGGUUUUAAAGGCCAAAAAAAGGGCCAUGUUUUAUUUUUUUUUGCGGCGAAAUGAGUAAGUUUUUUUUUU